AUGGUUAAAAUAUGCAAAUUACUUGGAUUGGCCGCCCUUGUUGAGAUGCACGACGAGAGGGAAUUUGACCGUAUUCUUGGAGUAGAAAGUGUUGAGCUUAUUGGCAUCAACAACCUGCAAAAUGAUAUUGCACUUGCCAUGACAAAUUCUCAAACUCACAUUCCAAGUAAAAAACCUGAAAAUGGUGGAAAAGAAAAUAUUAAAGUGAAAAUUUGUUUGAAUCUUCAUGGGAUUGUAACUGUUGAUUCGGAAACUCUCUUCGGAGAGGAAGAAAUUGAAGUUCCGGUUACCAAAGAAUCAGCAGAGGAAGAUUCAGAAUAA